AUGGCAUCUAAAGGCACCUCCUUGAGGGACCGCCAGAUCUCCUCCCUCAAGAAGAUCUUGAACCUGAACGAUGCCAUUGAUACGACCGAGACCGACGAAUCCCACGUGAGCGCGAUCGCACCGUCAUCCAUCCUCACGGCAGAUGGCGAACCGAUAUGGAAGGUCCUUUGCUUCGACGACCUCGGACGUGAUGUUUGCAGCUCUGUCCUGACGGUCCAGAACCUCAGGUCUCUGGGCGUUACCCUCCACACACAUAUUGGCGCCUCGCGACACCCGAUCCCAGACGUCCCCGUUAUCUAUCUUGUCGAGCCAACGCCCCAGAACAUGAAGCAGAUCACUGCCGAUCUACAGAAUGGGCUCUACUCUCCAGCAUAUAUCAAUUGUUUGGGAGGCAUUCCGCGAGCAGCCUUGGAGGAUUUCGCCGCAGAGACUGCCGCUGCCGAAACAUCAGAAAAUAUUGCCCAACUCUUCGACCAAUACCUCAACUUCAUCGUCGAGGAGCCUGAUCUUUUCAGGCUGGGAAUCCCAAAGGCAUACUCGGCGCUCAACAGCGCCAAGACGACCGACGAGAAGCUUGAUGAGCUGGUAGACACUAUCGUCAAUCGGCUGUUCAGCGUUGUCGUGACCAUGGGCGUUAUUCCCAUCAUUCGGUGCCCUAAGGGAGCGGCUGCUGAAAUGAUAUCUGCAAAGCUCGAUCGGAAACUGCGCGACCACAUCCUCAACUCGAAAGACAACCUCUUUUCUUCAAGCGCCCGGUCAAACACAUCAGCGACACCCACAUCACGCCCUGUGUUGGUCAUUCUCGACCGAGAUGUGGAUCUUCUCCCAAUGCUUUCGCAUUCCUGGACAUACCAGUCCCUGGUGCAAGACGUGCUCUCUAUGGAGAAGAGGCGCAUCACCAUUGUGGAUGAGGGAAAGACGAAGAAGACUUAUGAUCUGACCAACGAGGACUUCUUUUGGAGGAAAAACAGCCUGUUACCGUUUCCCCAGGUCGCCGAAGACAUUGAUUCUGAAUUGACGAAGUACAAGGAAGAGGCCACGCAAAUCACAGCCAAGACCGGUGUGUCCGAUCUCGAAGACCUGCAAAAUGAUACGAGCGCCAGUGCGCAGCACCUCAAAGCUGCCAUCACGUUACUUCCCGAACUGCGAGAGCGCAAGGCCGUGCUGGAUAUGCACAUGAAUAUCUUGGCUGCUCUUCUCACCGGCAUUAAAGAUCGGCAGCUAGACAACUACUUCCAGCUCGAGGAGAACAUCACCAAGCAGACCAAGGCGCAAAUGAUGGAGCUCAUCAAGAGCGAUGAGGGACAAGCCGCCGACAAGCUGCGACUCUUCAUCUACUUCUUCCUGAGCUCCAACUCGGAACAGGCCGAACUGAGUCGAACGGAGUGGGAGGGCUUCGUCGAAGCGCUGGCGGCCGCGGGCGCGGACGUCGAGUGUCUGCCAUAUAUUCGACAACUGAAAUCGACGACAAAGCUGACGAACCUCACCACCAUCAACAACCCGUCGCCCCAACAGGCCGGCAGCACCGACUUGUUCGGCCGCUUCUCGUCCAUAUCCAGCCGUCUUACCGACCGACUGAAGGAGAGCGGCGUACCCACGGGUCUCUCCUCCAACUUUGAGUCGCUCAUCGGCGGCAUCAAGACGUUCCUGCCCGCCGAUCGCGACUUCACCAUUACCAAAAUCAUCGAGAGCAUCAUGGACCCCUCGACGGCCUCGAGCACGGCCAUCGCCAAAACGGAAAACUACCUCUACUUUGAUCCCCGCUCCGCCAACGCCCGCGGCACCAUGCCCCCGCCCAGCUCCGUGCGCGCUGGCGGCCCCGGCUCGGCCCUCCCCGGCGGUCUUCCGGGCCAGGGCGGUCCCGGUGGCCCCGGAGCCGGCACGGGCGCCAGCUUCGGCCAGCGCCGCCAGGGCUUCUCCGAGGCCAUCGUCUUCACCGUCGGCGGCGGCAGCAUGGACGAGUACGGCAACUUGCAGGAGUGGGUCGCGCGGACGGGCGGCGAUCGCGCGCGGAAGAGGGUCGUGUACGGGUCCACGGACCUGCUCAACGCCCAGGCGUUCUUGGAGCAGGAGUUGAACACGCUGGGAAGGGAGGUGGCGUCUUAG